GAACACAGCCAGAAUUCAUGUGACCUAUGAAAGGUUUGUUCACGGAAAUUUUUGUUUCAAGGUCCAUAUCCUAUCAUCGGCCAAAACCUUUCUAUGAAAAUCUCCAGAUGGAGCAUAAGCAGGUCAUGGAUGACCUACAGAGAUUGCAAAAUGAGAACAAGGAAGCCUUGGAAAGAUUCCAUGAGAUCACCGAGGAAUCAUGCUUCUAUUGCAAUCUGCAGCAACAACUCCAGAUGGAGAAGUCUCAGGUGCAGUACGUGGUGGAGAAGCUGAGGCAAGAGACCAAGAAGGUGCUAGGGGAAUGGAUCCUGCUCCAGUAUUAUUUGGAUGAACUGAAAGCCAUCUGUGAGAAAGAAGAGCGAGUCAUCCGUGACCUCCAGACCCAGGAGCAUCAGGAGCAGCAGAGACUGGAGGCAAAUCUACAGUCCCAGCAAAAGGAGGAGCUAAUCAUUGAGAAAAAGACCUUAGCAGGAAAGCUGCAGAAUUACCUGACUGUCUCCCAGAUGAGAUCAGAAAAACUGCAACAGGAGAUAGAGAAGGCUUCAGGCCAUGAUGAGAGCACCCUGCAGACAGAACUGCAGUUCCACGAGCACUAAGAGACACAGGCAAGUGAGCCACCAUUGCAUUGUAUUUUCACAAACAAUGGCAUUCCUGGGGAGGCGUUUCUUCCUCAAAUCUAUGUUUGUAUGUGUGAAUAGACCCUGGUUUUGUCUAAUUGGUAACAGAACAAUGGUGAUUUUGGAACUGACUGCCUUUCUUUAUCUCACAGCACACUUUCAGAGAAUUAAGGAGGUCUAAGGAAGCCACAGAAAAGCAAAAAUCACAACAUUCUCCAAAAUAGAAUCAAGACCUCACCAUAAGAACUGUCAAUCUAGCUGUAAUCUCACCCGUGAUGCUAAUAUUAUGCUAAGUUAUUUGGUAUGUCCAAUGUCUGAUUCAUGUGUCUCUUGUCUCAAUUUCAGGAGUAACAAAAUCAUCACAAAGAAGUUUGAGAUCCAAAAUACCUUCCAAGAAAUACUCAGAGCCCACACAUCUACCAGCAAGUGGAGCUCAACAACAUGGAGGGAGGACAUGUCUCUGCUCAAAAUUCUCAUCCUGUCCAGUGCUGAAGCUACUGCUUUUCACUGUUUGUUCGUGGUUUGGGAUUGUUGUUCCAGUUUCACGUUUUAUGAUUCUUUG